AAAAUUCAUCCACUGGUUGCACUAUCUUAUUUCUUUGGAAUGAUUUAUACCGUCAUCUUAAUCAUCACUUUAAUUGGUGAUAGCACUGGUCAAACCAUUUACAAGGACAAUGGGAAUGACAAGCCGAUUAAUGGACUGCAAUCCGACAUCGAUAUAUUUCAUUACAGAGAAUUAUAUUUGGAAGACAAAAUAAAGAGUUGUAACCAGGAAGUAAAAUCCUUAAGAGAUAGAGACGUGCAAUUGCAGAAACAAAUGAAGAAUUUAAAAGAUCAAAAUAACUUGAUUAGAGAAACAGAUGACAUUUUACAAUUUCAACUUAGAUGUAAAAAUGAAACAGGAACAUAUCAAGAGAGAAGGGUUGCAAAUGCCCAGUAUUGCUUUAUGGAAUCUUCUUUCACGUGGAAUGCAGGCAAGACAAAAUGUCAAUCACUAAAAUCGUAUUUACUUGAGAUCAACUCGGAGGCAGAACAAAACUGGCUAAUGGAUAAAGUUUCCACAGGCAAAUGGUGGACCGGGGGAAUAAAACACCCACAAUAUGACGACUGGGUGUGGGAUCACUCGGGCAACGACUUAACCUACAGGAACUGGUAUCCGAAUCAACCAAACGGUGGCAAAAGCGAAGAGUGUAUGUUGUCAGAGGAUGGUUCGUGGCAUGAUUAUCCGUGUGAUUUUAGGUUUAAAAUAAUUUGCGAGAGAGAAAAGUGAGAUGUUUACGUGUCAAUGGUGAUACCUAUGCUUAAAAAUAAUCAACAGUUCAAUUUAACUGUAUAACGUUGAACCCGGUUCACGAAGUUUGUGAGGAGGUUAUUACAUCCGUGUUUUUAUUGUUCAAUUAUUUGUUAUUAAAAAAGCAGUGCUGCUAUCAUAAACGUUGACAAAACUAUCCUAUCCUUUAUCCUGUAUCCUGCAUCCAUCCUGCAAAAAAGGUCAUCCUAUCCUAUCCUAUAACAUCCAUAUUUAGGUAUAAAAGUUAAAUAAAUCGAAAUUUAAGAAAAGUCAUAUAUUAUUAACUAUCUUUCGACUUUUGCAGUAAUAGCAACGUCUAAUUAAUAUAGCAAAAUCGAAAAUCUUUAAAAUGAGGUAGCUUAUUUGCAUGGGUGAUAUAAAAUCGUACGCGGAGUGUACUGUGGUUUCAUAAAUAUUCAAGGGUAUCAAUUUUCGUGGAUAAAGUGACAAUUACAGUUACAAGGAUACGUAAACUCGUGGCCAAUGGCCAUAUCAAUACAAAGUGUUAAUAAAAAUUGCACUUUUAUGAACGUUUUAUUUCGUGGAUCAACUAAGCAACGAAAUCCACGAAAAUUGGUAUUCAAAGAAUAUUGAUGAAACCACAGUACUCAAUAACAUAAACAAACAAGUAAGAGAUUAAAGCUUUGUUUAUAUCAGAUAUCUAAAAUAAUGAUUAAAAAGGAGAUAAAGAACUUCUUUAUAUUGCUUGAAUCUUGUUACGGUACUUUUUAUUGCUUGAUAUAAUAUACAGGAAAAUUAUCGUUAAUCGGCUGAUUCGGUCGCCGAUAAAUGUAAACACGAUUUAAGAAAGCAGUACAUUAUAAAUUAAAAUUUUGCAUUUGUUGCUGAUUCAUUUGAAUCUAUUGAUAAAACAUAAAUUCGUACGCAUUUCUUUGAUUUGCUUACAUUUUUUAAAUUGAUAUGUUCAGUUUAUUUUCGGGUUCUAUACGUUCUUGUGAUCGGACAACGAAUAAAUUAUAUGAAACGUGAUAAGUACACACAAACAACGGACGUUUCUUGUUAAGAUACAAGGUACAUACUUAUAUGUCAAAUUGUUAACAGACUGAAUGUUUCUGUUUACUAUUGAAGUCUUUAAAUAAAGCAAUCAGACUUUAUUCAUGUAUUGAUUUUACGCUGCAUUUUGCAGUCUAGAGUUUACUUUGUUGUUUUUUUUAAAUCUGAUGUGGAAAUUGGUGAGUUCACGGCAAAAGGAUUAAAAUAAUGUUUAAAAAUGUUCAAGAAAUGCAAUUAAGAAAUGCAUUUAGAAAUGACCAAUAUAAUAUCUUUUUGAUUUUAUUGUUAACCGUGUUGACCUUGUUUAUAUUUGUGUCAAUCAUGUUGUAGUCUUACAUUAGAAAUCAAUUGUAAAUAAACUAUUA